UUUCUUAGCUUUCUGGACAGAAUUGAGUCUGUCCGACAGAAUGACUACACACCAACAGAUCAGGACUUGCUGAGGUGUCGUGUUUUGACCUCAGGGAUUUUCGAAACUCGUUUUCAAGUGGACAAAGUCAACUUUCAUAUGUUUGAUGUGGGCGGUCAGAGAGAUGAGCGAAGAAAAUGGAUCCAGUGUUUUAAUGAUGUGACAGCCAUCAUCUUUGUCGCAGCAAGUAGCAGUUACAACAUGGUUAUAAGGGAAGACAACAGCACCAACCGGCUGCGCGAGUCACUUGACCUGUUCCGCAGCAUCUGGACUAACAGGUUUUUAAGGACGAUCUCAGUAAUCCUGUUCCUCAACAAACAGGACAUGCUAGCAGAGAAGAUCUUAGCAGGGAAAUCUAAACUUGAAGAUUAUUUCCCAGAGUAUGCACGAUAUACGCUUCCUCCUGAAGCAACGCCUGACCCAGGAGAAGACCCGAAAGUGUCCAGGGCAAAGUUUUUCAUCAGAGAUGAAUUCUUGAAAAUCAGCACAGCGAGUGGCACUGACAAACACUACUGCUAUCCCCACUUCACAUGUGCUGUCGACACAGAAAACAUUCGUCGUGUUUUCAAUGACUGUCGUGACAUUAUUCAGAGGAUGCACCUUCGCCAGUAUGAACUCUUGUGAUUGGCUGUCUGGAGCAGUCGCUCCUACGCUUUUCAGUCCCACAACACAUGGGCUCUCUGAGAACUACUGAUGAGUGACAAUGUUGUCAUGUUUUUUCUGUUUUCUGCUUUUCACCUUUAUGCUCUUAUUUAUAUUUAUAUAUACAGACAGUGCCCUCCUAAAGUAUUCAGACCAUAAAGCCAAAAUUGCUCUGUUUGCUGUGGAGUCAAGAAAUGUCUAAACGUUAAAAAGUGAAUGAGGCGUACAGAAUGUACCUUUUACAUUUUUUUGCCGUUUUAACAUAUGUAGUUUACUUACUCAAUGGAGCAACACGUUUGUUUUGAGAUAUUGAGCUUUAAAGUUUUUGCCUUGCAUUCUACUUUGUAAGUAGCAUCUUUCAAAGUCCUAAAAUUGUCACAACUUGAAAAACAUCACAUUAUGUAAAUAAGUUUAUAACUCAAUUUUGACAAAAAUGUCAGAUAGGGAAGGAAUAAUUAACAACGGGCCGUUGAUUUAUCCGAAAAUAAUCCACACCCAAGGUGGUCCCAUCAUGCCGUUACACUGCGGGUGUGCAUUAUUUUUAAAUAAUUAAAAAAACUUUUAAAUUAAUACAAAAAAUUAAUACCCACAGAUCAUUUUCUCAAACAAUCAGAACAAAGCAUUUAAUAGGGCUGUGGUAUAAAACCUUAUAAUUCUAGGUUGAAAAAUUGUCUGACAAGUGUUAAGUGAUGGUCUGUGUUCAAUCUCAUUAGUUGUUUACUCAUAAAAAGCAGAGAAUGUGUAGUAUCAGUUUGAUCAAUUUGAUCAAUUGAGUCUGCAUUUGACUAUAACACACAUAAGUCAGAUUGAAAGGUUGUUGUUCUUGGUUGGAAAAGCAUGUGCGUUGAAACAAUCAAAUUUAAAAUAAAAUGUAAAUGUUCUGUACAUUUGCCUCAUGUUCAUCCUAAAUAUUUCUGUCCCUACAGCAAACAGGGCAAUUUGGUCUUUACUGUCACAAAACUUGUGGAGAGCACUGUGGGUGUGUGUGUGUGUGUGUGUAUGUAUGUGUAUAUAUAUAUAUAUA